GUUUUGAAAUCUCUGACUAAUAAAAGACGCCCUGGGCCCUGAGCCGAUCACAUCAUGGCAGGGAGGGGCCAAGAAGAGCUUUAAAUUCCAGAGCUGCACAGACAACAGCUGUACUUGUGAGAGUCACAGACAGACGGACUGCCCAGCCAUCAGUUUGGAAUCAUGUUGUGUCUUGUGGUUUUGCUGGUUCUGGGGUGCCUUGGCCAGGACGUGUGGGGGUGCAGCUGUGGCCGAAGGCACCCCCAGGCUGCUUACUGCAGCGCAGAUUUUGUUAUUCAAGGGAGAUUUAUUGGAAAGACCCAGCACAAGACACAAGAGCAGGGCAGAGUGAAGUAUGAGAUCAAAACUACUAAGAUCUUUAAGGCCCCUGAUGGAAUGGACGACAUACAAUUUCUGAGCACCCCAUUAAUGGAAAGCAUGUGCGGCUUUGAACAUCACAUUUCCAACAAGAGCCAGACCUUCCUUAUUACAGGGCACGUGGUGAAUGGUAAAUUGGAAAUCGACCAGUGUAACUUCAUUGUUCCUUGGGCCUCACUAUCCGCCGCUCAGAAGAGGGGCUUCCAGGAGGUGUACCGCAAGGCCUGUUCCUGUAAUAUUGUCCCCUGCUACAGUGGUACCUGCUCCCUGGAAUCUGAUAGCCAGUGCCUUUGGACCGAUGUACUGGUGCACUGGCAGGAGCCUCUCAAUGGGGCACAAUCCAAAUACAUGGCCUGUGUUGACCAGGGCAACGGUUUGUGCACAUGGGAGUCUCAGAAACCCAGCGCCAUCGCUGCUAGGAAUAAAAAGGCAAUUUCGGCAACCAAGGAAGAGUAAUCUACUGGGGGGGGGGGUCACAGGGGAUGAUGGAAGGAAGGGGAAGUGUUUUGUACAUUUGAAUGCAUGUUCCCUUUAUACCGGGGGAAAUAAAUGUCUUUUUAUGUUUUUUGUA